AUGUUGCAAAGUUACCCUAAUGAUUUAUGUUAACUAUUAGUAGAGCAUAUUGUUGAAUACAAAGCUGAAUCUGCUUUGUACGGAGUACAGUCUUGGCAAACACUGCUUGAUUGGCUGCUCAGAAGAUUCUCUCUCCCCCUCCCCACCUCUGUAAAGAAUUUCUACAAGGGCAUUUUGGGUUGUUUUGUGCCCCCCCACCCCCGGAAUGAUUGCAAAGUGGAUGUGGUUCAGGGAAACCAACCUUUAAUGGCAGAGAUUUUUAAAGACUGAAGCUGAUGAAAAUAUCAGAGGAUGGCAGCCAGGGAAGAGAGCAGCAAGCCCCAAAGGCGAGAGAGCAGAAGAAGCUGCAGCAGAAGCCCUGCCGAGCCCAGACUGCCACAACUGGUGGAGGUCUCCCAUACCAGAAGCCAAGACAAACAACUGGGGGAAGCAACUUCCAGAGAGGUAUUCCAAACAGGGAAGACUACAAAACCUGAACAUCUUUCCAGUUGGCACCCUCGGGUGAGGCCUGAGAAUCCAAAACAAGGAUCUUUCCGAAAUGAUGGUUUAAAAGCUGCUGAUGUCCUUCCCAUACUAAAGGAAAAAGUUGCCUUUGUUUCAGGUGGCCGUGAUAAACGGGGAGGUCCCAUCCUGACAUUUCCAGCACGCAGCAAUCACGACAGAAUAAGGCAGGAAGACCUUCGGAAACUUGUGACUUACUUGGCUAGCGUGCCAAGUGAAGAUGUCUGCAAACGAGGGUUUACUGUCAUCAUUGAUAUGAGGGGAUCUAAGUGGGACCUGAUCAAGCCCCUAUUGAAGACUCUUCAGGAGGCCUUCCCUGCAGAAAUUCAUGUUGCCCUGAUAAUCAAGCCUGAUAACUUCUGGCAGAAGCAGAAGACAAAUUUUGGAAGUUCCAAAUUUAUCUUUGAGACAAGCAUGGUCUCUGUUGAAGGCCUAGCAAAACUGGUGGAUCCCUCCCAACUAACAGAGGAAUUUGAAGGAUCCUUGGAUUACAAUCAUGAUGAAUGGAUAGAGUUGAGAGUUUCAUUGGAAGAGUUUUUCAACAGUGCCAUCCAUUUGUUAUCCAGGCUAGAGGACCUUCAGGAAAUGUUGGCUAGGAAGGAAUUUCCAGUGGAUGUGGAGGGCUCAAGAAGACUAAUAGAUGAACACACGCAGCUCAAGAAGAAAGUAAUUAAAGCUCCAGUAGAAGAAUUGGAUCGUGAGGGCCAGAGGUUAUUACAAUGCAUAAGGUGCAGUGAUGGUUUUUCUGGUAGGAACUGCAUUCCUGGCAGUGCAGAUUUCCAAAGUCUUGUGCCAAAGAUCACCAGCCUUUUGGACAAGCUGCAUUCAACUCGGCAACACUUGCAUCAGAUGUGGCAUGUCCGGAAACUGAAACUAGACCAGUGUUUUCAACUUCGACUUUUUGAGCAAGAUGCAGAAAAGAUGUUUGAUUGGAUCAGUCACAACAAAGAGUUGUUCCUGCAGAGCCACACUGAAAUUGGAGUGAACUACCAACAUGCCCUGGAUUUGCAGACACAGCAUAAUCAUUUUGCUAUGAAUUCUAUGAAUGCCUACGUGAAUAUAAAUCGCAUCAUGUCGGUUGCAUCCAGGCUUUCAGAGGCUGGCCAUUAUGCAUCUCAACAAAUUAAACAAAUUUCUACCCAGCUAGAUCAAGAAUGGAAGAGCUUUGCUGCAGCACUGGAUGAGCGCAGCACUAUACUAGCAAUGUCUGCUGUGUUUCACCAGAAGGCUGAACAGUUCCUUUCUGGUGUAGAUGCCUGGUGCAAAAUGUGCAGUGAAGGAGGCCUCCCCUCUGAAAUGCAAGACCUUGAACUGGCCAUCCAUCAUCAUCAGUCCCUUUAUGAACAGGUCACCCAAGCCUACACGGAGGUAAGCCAGGAUGGAAAGGCUUUGCUGGAUGUCUUACAGCGUCCCUUGAGUCCGGGGAAUUCAGAAUCUCUUACUGCCACAGCUAAUUAUUCCAAGGCUGUUCACCAAGUUUUGGAUGUGGUCCAUGAGGUCUUGCAUCACCAACGGCGUUUGGAGAGCAUCUGGCAGCACAGGAAGGUCCGGUUACAUCAGAGGCUUCAACUUUGUGUUUUCCAGCAAGAUGUUCAGCAGGUAUUGGACUGGAUUGAAAACCAUGGGGAAGCCUUCCUUAGUAAACACACUGGAGUGGGAAAAUCCCUGCAUCGGGCACGAGCUCUUCAGAAAAGACAUGACGAUUUUGAAGAAGUAGCACAGAAUACCUAUACUAAUGCAGACAAGCUACUGGAAGCAGCAGAGCAGUUGGCUCAAACCGGAGAGUGUGACCCUGAAGAGAUCUACAAGGCAGCACGGCAUCUGGAAGUGCGGAUUCAGGACUUUGUCAGAAGAGUGGAGCAGAGGAAGCUUCUUUUGGACAUGUCUGUAUCCUUCCACACUCAUACCAAAGAGCUGUGGACAUGGAUGGAAGACCUGCAGAAGGAGCUCUUGGAAGAUGUUUGUGCUGACUCAGUGGAUGCUGUUCAAGAACUCAUCAAGCAGUUCCAGCAGCAGCAAACAGCUACCCUCGAUGCAACCCUCAAUGUAAUCAAAGAAGGUGAAGAUCUAAUCCAGCAGCUCAGGGAUUCAGCAGUCUCUAACAAUAAAACGCCACACAAUAGUUCCAUCAGCCACAUUGAAUCUGUCCUCCAGCAGCUUGAUGAAGCCCAAGUACAGAUGGAAGAGCUCUUUCAUGAGAGAAAGAUUAAGCUAGACAUUUUCCUUCAGCUCCGAAUUUUUGAACAGUACACCAUUGAGGUAACAGCUGAGUUAGAUGCCUGGAAUGAGGACUUGCUAAGGCAAAUGAAUGAUUUCAAUACUGAGGACCUGACCCUGGCAGAGCAGCGCCUGCAGAGACACACAGAGCGGAAGCUGGCUAUGAACAACAUGACCUUUGAGGUCAUCCAGCAAGGGCAAGAUUUGCACCAGUACAUCAUGGAAGUCCAAGCUUCAGGCAUUGAAUUGAUCUGUGAAAAAGACAUUGAUCUAGCAACACAAGUGCAAGAACUGCUGGAGUUUCUUCAUGAGAAGCAACAUGAGCUGGAGCUCAAUGCUGAUCAGACGCACAAGCGGCUGGAGCAGUGCCUUCAGCUCCGACACUUGCAGGCAGAGGUCAAGCAGGUCCUUGGCUGGAUCCGGAAUGGAGAAUCAAUGCUCAAUGCCAGCCUUGUCAAUGCAAGUUCACUGUCAGAAGCUGAGCAGCUCCAGAGAGAGCACGAGCAGUUCCAGCUGGCCAUAGAGUCCCUCUUUCAUGCCACUUCCUUGCAGAAGACGCACCAGAGUGCCCUCCAGGUGCAGCAGAAGGCGGAGGUAUUGCUGCAGGCUGGGCACUACGAUGCUGAUGCCAUAAGGGAAUGCGCAGAAAAGGUGGCACUGCACUGGCAGCAACUAAUGUUGAAGAUGGAAGACAGGCUGAAGCUGGUUAAUGCAUCUGUCGCUUUUUAUAAAACCUCAGAGCAGGUUUGCAGUGUGCUAGAGAGUUUGGAACAGGAAUAUCGAAGAGAUGAAGACUGGUGUGGAGGUCGGGAUAAGCUUGGACCAGCAUCUGAAAUAGACCAUGUCAUCCCCUUAAUCAGCAAACAUCUGGAACAAAAAGAAGCCUUUCUCAAGGCCUGCACACUAGCACGAAGGAAUGCAGAAGUGUUUCUCAAGUACAUUCACCGAAACAACGUCAGCAUGCCAGGGGGAGUGGGCCAUACGAGGGGACCUGAGCAACAAGUCAAAGCCAUUCUGAGUGAGCUGCUGCAGAGAGAGAACAGAGUUCUUCACUUCUGGACCUUGAAGAAACGGCGAUUAGAUCAGUGCCAGCAGUAUGUGGUCUUUGAGCGUAGUGCUAAGCAGGCCUUAGACUGGAUUCAGGAAACAGGAGAGUAUUAUCUUUCUACUCACAACUCUACUGGGGAAUCAGCAGAAGAAACUCAGGAACUUCUGAAAGAAUAUGGAGAAUUCAAAGUACCUGCCAAGCAAACCAAGGAGAAAGUGAAGCUUCUCAUUCAGCUGGCUGAUAGCUUUGUAGAGAAAGGGCAUACUCAUGCCACUGAAAUUAGGAAAUGGGUUACCACCGUCGACAAACGCUAUCGGGACUUUUCACUGAGGAUGGGGAAAUACCGCUACUCUUUGGAAAAAGCUCUUGGAAUCAAUACAGAGGAUAACAAGGACCUGGAAUUAGACAUCAUUCCAGCAAGUCUGUCAGAUCGCGAAGUGAAGCUGCGUGAUGCCAAUCACGAAGCUAAUGAAGAAAAAAGGAAGUCAGCCAGAAAGAAAGAAUUCAUCAUGGCUGAACUGCUUCAGACUGAGAAGGCCUAUGUCAGGGAUUUACAUGAAUGUUUAGAGACCUAUCUUUGGGAAAUGACAAGUGGCGUAGAGGAGAUACCCCCAGGGAUUCUUAACAAAGAGCACAUAAUUUUUGGCAACAUCCAGGAGAUUUAUGACUUUCAUAAUAACAUUUUUCUGAAAGAACUGGAAAAAUAUGAACAACUCCCUGAAGAUGUGGGUCAUUGCUUUGUCACCUGGGCAGAUAAAUUUCAGAUGUAUGUUACCUACUGUAAAAACAAGCCUGACUCCAGCCAGCUAAUCCUAGAACAUGCAGGAACAUUCUUCGACGAAAUUCAGCAGAGGCAUGGUCUGGCCAACUCCAUUUCCUCAUACUUAAUCAAACCUGUCCAGAGGAUUACCAAAUACCAGCUUUUAUUGAAGGAGCUUUUAACAUGCUGUGAAGAAGGGAAGGGAGAACUCAAGGAUGGUUUGGAAGUGAUGCUCAGUGUUCCCAAGAAAGCCAAUGAUGCCAUGCAUGUUAGCAUGUUGGAAGGAUUUGAUGAAAAUCUGGAUGUUCAGGGAGAACUGAUCCUUCAAGAUUCCUUUCAAGUGUGGGACCCCAAAUCUCUCAUCCGGAAGGGUCGUGAGAGACAUUUGUUUCUCUUUGAAAUUUCUCUUGUUUUCAGCAAAGAGAUCAAAGAUUCUGCAGGGCAUACUAAAUAUGUUUACAAGAACAAAUUACUGACCUCAGAGCUGGGAGUGACAGAGCAUGUGGAAGGAGAUCCCUGCAAAUUUGCCUUGUGGUCUGGACGGACUCCCUCCUCAGAUAACAAAACAGUGCUGAAAGCAUCCAAUAUUGAAACAAAACAGGAGUGGAUAAAAAAUAUUCGGGAAGUGAUUCAGGAAAGGAUGAUACACUUAAAGGGAGCCUUGAAAGAGCCAAUACAGCUCCCCAAAACCCCAGCAAAGCAAAGAAACAACAGUAAGAGAGAGGGAGGAGAAGAUGCCGACAGCCAAGGAGAUGGGAGCAGUCAGCCAGACACAAUUUCAAUUGCAUCCAGAACUUCUCAAAAUACAGUGGACAGUGACAAGCUGUCUGGAGGAUGUGAACUAACUGUGGUACUACAAGACUUUAUAGCCAGCCAUAGUAGUGAGCUGAGUAUCCAGGUGGGGCAAACGGUGGAGUUACUGGAAAGGCCAAGUGAAAGGCCCGGCUGGUGUUUGGUACGGACAACAGAGCGGAGUCCUCCUCAGGAAGGGCUGGUCCCCAGCAGUGCUCUCUGUAUCUCACAUUCCCGGAGCAGUGUGGAGAUGGACUGUUUCUUUCCUUCAGGAAAAGAUUCCUAUUCAGCAUCCUCUAAUGAAAAUGGAGGGAAAUCUGAAUCGGUGGCCAAUUUGCAGCCUCAUUCAUCCAUCAAUUCCAUCCAGAGCUCCCCUGGUCCAAAGCGCUCUACCAACACACUGAAGAAAUGGCUAACCAGUCCAGUACGCCGAUUGAAUAGUGGAAAGGCAGACAGUAACAUCAAGAAGCAGAAGAAAGUGCGCGAAGGAAGGAAAAGCUUUGACCUGGGAUCCCCCAAGCCUGGAGACGAGACCACGCCCCAGGGAGACAGUGCAGAUGAGAAGAGCAAGAAAGGUUGGGGCGAAGAUGAGCCAGAUGAAGAAUCUCAUACACCACUCCCUCCUCCUAUGAAGAUUUUUGAUAAUGAUCCCACACAGGAUGACAUGUCCUCCUCUUUGCUAGCUGCUCGACAGAGCAUCUCCGAUGUCCCAACUGCAGCGGAUCUUGUCAGUGCAAUAGAAAAACUGGUCAAAAGCAAGCUGAAUCCCAUGACAGCUGAUCUAGAAGACCAGUUUAAGCACUGCUUACAAACAUUAGAAGGAGGCUCCUACCGGGGAAGCUUAAAGGAUUCCACUGGAUGCUUGAACGAAAAUGUGACACCUUCAACUCCUCCUUCAAGAAACCUUGAAGAAGAACAAAAAGCCAAAGCUAUGAGAGGCAGAAUGUUUGUUUUAAAUGAACUUGUACAGACAGAGAAAGACUAUGUCAAAGACUUAGGAAUCGUGGUGGAGGGAUUCAUGAAAAGGAUAGAAGAAAAAGGUGUUCCUGAAGACAUGAAAGGGAAAGACAAGAUAGUGUUCGGUAACAUUCACCAGAUCUAUGACUGGCACAAAGAUUUUUUUCUUGCUGAACUGGAAAAGUGCCUUCAAGAGCAUGACCGUUUAGCACAGCUCUUCAUCAAACAUGAGAGGCGAUUACACAUGUAUGUGGUGUACUGUCAAAACAAACCAAAAUCUGAAUAUAUAGUAGCGGAAUGUGGUGCAUAUUUUGAGGAGGUGCAACAAGAAAUAAACCAGCGGCUAUCACUCAGUGACUUCUUAAUAAAGCCCAUUCAAAGAAUAACCAAGUACCAGCUGCUACUCAAGGAUUUUCUAAAAUAUAGUGAAAAAGCUGGGCUGGAAUGUUCAGAGACAGAGAAAGCUGUGGAGCUGAUGUGCCUUGUUCCUAAACGCUGCAAUGACAUGAUGAACCUGGGUCGUCUUCAGGGCUUUGAGGGCAAGCUGGCAGCCCAAGGGAAGUUGCUACAGCAGGAUACAUUCUAUGUAACAGAGCAGGAUUCUGGAGGUCUCUCUCGGCCAAAAGAACGCAGAGUUUUCCUCUUUGAGCAAAUUGUCAUCUUUAGUGAACUUCUGAGGAAAGGCUCUCUAACACCUGGGUACCUGUUUAAGCGAAGCAUAAAGAUGACAUACCUAAUCCUUGAGGAUAAUGUGGACAAUGAUCCCUGCAAAUUCGCACUCAUGAGUCGGGAAACGUCAGAAAGGCUCAUUUUGCAGGCAGCCAAUCCUGAAAUCCAGCAAGCUUGGGUGGAGGAUAUCAAUCAAGUGCUGGACACACAGAGGGACUUCUUAAAUGCACUACAGUCUCCUAUAGAGUACCAGCGCAAAGAAAACAGCAGUUCUGCUGUAAUGAGACCCCAGACCAGCAGGGUACCUCAGCCCAUCACCAGACCCUAUUCCUCAGGUCCAGUAGGGUCGGAUAAACCUUUGAAGGCUACAAUGCGUAACCCAUCUCUUCCACCUCUGAAAAUAUCUACCUCCAAUGGCAGCACAGGGCACGAGCAGCACCAGCCUGGGGACAAAUAUGAACUAAUCAAGAAUGACUUGGGUGGGUGCAAUGGGACCUCUUCUAUGGUGGUCAUCAAAGAUUACUAUGCACUGAAGGAGAAUGAAAUCUGUGUCAACCAGGGUGAGGUGGUCCAAGUACUUGCCAUUAACCAGCAGAACAUGUUCCUUGUGUACCAGCCUGCCAAUGACCAUUCACCAGCAGCAGAAGGAUGGAUCCCAGGGAAUAUAUUGGCUCCCCUCACUAAAUCAACUACAGAUAAUAGCGAUGGAGGCAUAAAGAAGUCAUGUUCAUGGCAUACCCUGCGCAUGAGAAAGCGGGCAGAAAAGGAAAGCAGUGGCAAAACUGAAGCCAAUGGCCUACGUAAACCCAAGGAUAUUCUGGGCAACAAAGUCUCUGUUAAAGAGACAAACAGUUCAGAGGAGUCAGAAUGUGAUGACCUUGAUCCCAACACUAGCAUGGAGAUCAUCAACCCAAACUUCAUCCAGGAAGUUGCUCCAGAGUUUCUCGUGCCCUUAGUGGACAUCACCUGCUUGCUUGGUGACACGGUAAUGUUGCAGUGCAAAGUCUGUGGGCGACCAAAGCCAACCAUAACCUGGAAAGGACCAGAUCAGAACAUCCUUGACAACGACAACAGCACAGCUGCAUAUGCAGUUUCCUCCUGCGAUUCAGGUGAAAUCACUCUGAAGAUCUGUAACGUGAUGCCUCAAGACAGCGGUAUUUAUACUUGUGUGGCAACAAAUGAGCUUGGAACAGCAUCCACAUCGGCUACAAUAAAAGUACAAGGUGUCCCUGCAGCCCCAAAUCGCCCUAUUGCUCAGGAAAGAAGCUGCACCUCAGUGAUUCUUCGCUGGCUGCCUCCAUCCAGUACAGGGAACUGCACCAUUUCAGGUUACACAGUGGAGUACAGAGAAGAAGGCUCACAGGUCUGGCAGCAGUCUGUUGCCUCCACCUUGGACACCUACCUCGUUAUUGAAGAUCUCACACCUGGAUGCCAAUAUCAGUUCCGAGUCAGCGCCAGCAACCCCUGGGGAAUCAGUUUGCCCAGCGAAGCCUCUGAGUUUGUGAAACUUCCAGAAUAUGACUCUGCAGCAGAUGGAGCCACCGUGACCUGGAAAGAGAACUUUGAUUUCGCCUACACAGAACUGAAUGAGAUUGGAAGGGGUCGAUUUGCUGUUGUAAAGAAAUGUAUCCACAAAGCCACCAGGAAGGAUGUUGCAGUGAAGUUCAUCAAUAAAAAAAUGAAGAAGGAGGAGCAGGCAGCACACGAGGCAGCCAUGUUGCAACAUUUGCAGCAUCCUCAGUAUAUCACUAUUCAUGACACCUAUGAGUCACCUUCCUCCUAUAUAUUAAUUUUAGAACUGAUGGAUGAUGGCCGUCUCUUGGACUACUUAAUGAAUCAUGAUGAAUUGAUGGAGGAGAAAGUAGCUUUUUACAUAAGAGACACAAUGGAAGCCUUACAGUACCUUCACAACUGCCGAGUCGCUCAUUUGGAUAUAAAGCCAGAAAAUUUGCUCAUUGACUUGCGGAUCCCGGUGCCUCGCGUUAAGCUAAUAGACCUGGAAGAUGCUGUUCAAAUCACUGGCCAUUACCAUGUUCAUCAUCUCCUUGGAAACCCUGAAUUUGCUGCUCCAGAAGUUAUCCAAGGUGCUCCUGUUUCACUGGGCACAGAUAUUUGGAGCCUGGGUGUGCUCACCUAUGUCAUGCUGAGUGGUGUGUCCCCCUUUCUGGAUGAAAGCAGGGAGGAGACUUGCAUCAAUGUGUGCCGAGUGGACUUCAGCUUUCCCAAUGAGUACUUCUGUGAUGUAAGCCAUGCUGCCAGAGACUUCAUCACUGUCAUCCUUCAGGAAGACUUCAGGAGGAGGCCAACAGCAGCCACUUGUCUGCAGCACCCUUGGCUACAGUUUCACAACGGCAGCUAUUCCAAAAUCCCACUGGAUACCUCACGCCUAUCCAGCUUCAUUGAACGCCGCAAACACCAGUUUGAUGUGCGGCCAAUUCCCAAUGUUAAGAGUUUCAUAAUGAGCAGGAUGAACCCAGGAAUAUAAUGCAAUACAAGUACCUUGAGUUGACACUGAAGCACCGUGGCAUGUGAAAAGAGAGAAGGUGGAAUCUCUCUCUUUAUGUCUGUGUAAAGUAUUCUAGUUGAUGUGAUGUCAAAGAAAGUGUAUGUACUUUUCCAGCAGUUGCAUAUCUAACUGGUUAGAACUAGAGGCUUUCAGAUGUUGCAUAUGCAACUCCUCGCGUGGCUUAUCUUGCAAUGAUGAAGUCAUGUCAAAUACAGAAGAAUAUUUUAGAAAACGACAUCAUUUGAAAAUGGUAACCAAAACACCAUUGCCUUACUUUUGAAAGGCAGCCUUCUCAAAGACCUCGACACCCUUGCUGAUCUUAUUAAACUUUAACUCAUGUAUUUGAAAGGCAACUGAAAGUAAAGAAAUAAAACUAGGCUGACCCUCCACAGUCAGCAUUUCCUGAAACAACAACACUGGACUGGAUUCGAGAUUUUGCAGAAAUAGUUGCUCCUCAAGUCCUAAUGAAGCUCUGUUUCACUAGGAGAAUUCCACUUGUCUUCAAUAAGAAUUAACCUUGUGGCAGAAUUGUUUUUUAUGGCCCUUGUGCUAUCAUAAUGUCAGCUUUGCCUGUAAAGUGACUUAGGUAUGCGGUAUUGGUCAGGAUCAUAGUAUACCUUUGUCAAAAGUCCUUUGGAUUCUCCAGCAUUCACAUGUUCAAAGCUAACAUACUGUAAAGUAGCAAUGUGCUACAGCUGAGAUGGUAAAUUCACUGGAACAAAAAAUGUUUUGAUGAAGCACAAUGAGACAUUUUUUAAACUAACUUUUUAUAGCUCUUGUACAGACUUUUUUGUGAAACCUAUGUGUUGAGAAAAGGCUAUGUUACAAUAAUUACUGUUAUCUGUAAACUAGAUGUCAAAGACUUUUUCUAUUGCAGAAUGUUUGUUGAGUUCUCAUAUAGUCUGUAAAAUGAAAAGGAAUCUUAUUCCUUUUUCAGUUUUAAAAGUUGAUCAGUUGUGAAAUCAAUCCAAAGUUGGCCAAAGUGUGGUAAACAUAGUGGGUCCAUCCUUACAAUAAUUGCUUCAAAAUUAGUCUUGAUGUGUGAGACUGGUAGUUUACUGCAUAUCUGUACACAUGCAUCUCUCUUCCUAGCUCCAGAAUCCUAACUUCUAUGCUAGCAUAUUUGUUCCAUCCCAAACUCUGGUGUUAAAUAACAAUUCAAAAAAGACUAUUAAUAUUAAAAGUAAUGGUCCAUUAUUGUGCACUAAACACACCACUAACUUAAUAGCCCCUUAUAAAUCAUCAAAGUAUUAUCAAACUAAGAAGCUUUUGAAUGAUAGUUCCAAAUUGCUGUUAUCUCAAAUUAAUAUUGUAAGAACUAGUCCAGCUAUUUACACCAAGAGGAAUUUAGUGCCAAGACAGUGACUGACCAUAUCCUAAUCAUUUAGAAAUCAAUCAGCAAUUCAUAGUUAACUUUUUCCUCUAUCCCAUCAACUAAUCUUCUAUAAACUCUGCAAUGUGGCAAUGGACCUAGUAAUAAUCAAAGGCGUGGUGAGCUCUCUCAUUUUGCCUGUUCGGUUGGCAUCCAUUUGUUGAACACAAUGUACUAAUGGUUCUGGCACAUCUUUUAGUCACUUGUGUCCUAAGCAGCUGUCAGGAUUAGGCAACCUGGUAGCCAAGUGACAAGGGUUCUGUAGCCUCUCAGUGGUACAUGACAUAUUAUAUUAACCUGGAGUAUUUUACCGUUUUCUCCUUUCUCUUGCCCACAACCCCAAAUAGAUCAAAUCAGGUGCUGUAAAUGUUCUUACUACAGUGAGAGUAAUAAGAAAGGUGGUGAACACAGUGAUGUCUGGUGACCAAGAAACAAGCCAACAAAUCAGUACAGAAAAGGAGAAAGGUACUUGACUUAGAUUUUCUGGCUAGAAAAUGUGGUUCACAAGCAGAGGGCCUUUCCAUAGGGAAAGAAGCUGAUGUCCUUUAACUUUUCAAUGAAGUGUUUUUUCCUGCUAUUUUUUAAUCAAGAGGUUUGUUAUACUAUGAUCAUCCAACCCACUGUUAUAAUAAGGAAUGUGAGGAUAGGAUCAACUCUUGAGGUUCCUUUUAGUUGCUACAAUUUCCUCAAGGCACUGACAAUCAUCCAGAGGCGGAGCAUAUCAGCUCAGGUAUAAACAACGGCCAAGAUCCAGCCCAAGUUACCCAUGGCGGAAUCCCACUGUAAUCAAUGGAAGAUAUUAGUCACAACUAAGUAGUCCUAGUAACUUCAGUGUGACCUAGGCUAGCUACAAUCCUAUGCAUACUUAAUGGAAAGCUAGUUGUGCUGAACACAGUGGGUACUUCCUUCUGAGCAUGGGCAGCCCAAAACAUGUUGAUGUCAGAGGCAAAGGGACAAGAUGGUGUCUUUCCCCAUUCUAUGUACAAAAGCCAAGGAGACUUUAGCUCUCUUGAUGGGGCAGCAUCCUCCACUGCACCUGAGUGCUGUGAGCUAGUUCAGGGAUGCAUUACAGGCCAUGCGACACAAAGGCUUUCAGCAUCUGCGCAAGGCGGCUUCUUCAUGUUACAUGAUAACAAUUGAGCCAACGCUGCUUCUGAAUAAACAUACGUAACAUAGUGAAACCAGACUCCAUGUCAUGGAUCACUUCACUGGAACCAAGGGCAACCUCAGUAAAGCAUCACAACUUUUAGAUACGAUAAAAGAAACAGAUGUGGAUCUUUGCCACAUCUCCUUGUUCUUUCCAGCUGCAGUAGCCGCAUCAAAAAUGCCUACCUACUUUCUAGUUCUGUUCUUCUACAUAUACGUGGAAGAGUGACUGUCAAAAUGUGUAUCUACUUUUGGUUCUUUUAUUUGUGAUUCUAGGGAAAUCCAAAAGAGAUUACUUAAGCAUCCUUGAAACAAACCUCUAUGGUACAUUAAAAUCCCUAUGGAAUAAUCACCCAUGGGGGGGGGGGAAUACCUGAAUCUGUGACAAGCAAAUAGGCAGGCACUGACUGCUGUUUUAUCAUGAAGUCUUGAGAGUUGUUUUCUCAGGCAUGAAGCAGUUUUUGCUUCAAAGGGCUUUGUAAUGUGAAUGUAAAAUCUACAUUGAACCAGAAUACCAUGGAUGUCUUACCUUCUGCAGCAACAUCAAUAACAUCCAAGAGGCUCAAAGGUCAUUUAGGCAUUAUGUGUGACAAUUCCUGGAAUCUUGCUUUUAAUCUUUUGUAACAAAGCAACUUAAGACUGGCUGCAUAUCUGUGUGUUCAUGUGUGCCCUUCAUCCUCUGCUGAUUUUGAUGGAUAUGUCAUCUGCAGCCGGUAGUUGUAUGCAACAAAGUGUGACUAGCCACGGUUUGGGACCAUUGGAUUAUAACUAGGAAUUGCUAGACACAACUUAGUUCUCAGAUGAAUAUCUGUGUGCCAUUGCAUGGAAUAUAUCUUUCCUAUCCAUUUGUAGAAGAAAAUCCUCCACAGGGCUCUGGUUUCUCCCCAAAGCUGAUUGUUUAUGGACUGACACAUCAGAAAAUGGUGCUUUCCUAAGAGAAUAAAUGUCAGAUUCCUUUUUUUUUUUUUUUUUUGGCUCCCCAAGCUGGUUAUACAAUUACUGUCCAAUAUCAAACUGCUUCUAGAAUCGUUAUACUAGUGACUGUUAACAUGCCAGGAUUCUGUAAUUUCUCAGCUUAUACUCUGUUCUACUUAAGCCAUAUCUUAUCCUUAUGCUCCCUUUUUCAGUGCUGGUGCUUUUGCAUCUUUCUGUCAAACCAUUCGAGUCUGCUUUUGCUAGCAUGUCACUUCAACCGUAUACUACUGAAAAUAAGGUCAGACAUGUAAAGGGCACAGCAGACUACUAAAAAGACACUUUUAAAAAUAUUUGCAACAAUCAUUUCUGUGGUGGUGGUAGGGAUUGUAUUAAGAGCUUAAAAAAUUCAAGGUGCAAACGAAUUCCACAGCCUUAAUCAUUUUCAGUCUUUUGCUGGUCUGCCUUAAGUGUUAUCUCAUUAUUUAUUAUUGAUUUUGUUUUGUAUGCAUAUGUGUUUUCUAAAACAUUUUGUAAAUAUUUUAUUUAUACUUCUGAUUCUUCAUGUGUAAUGUUGUAAAGUGAUUUCCUGCUGUCACAUGUUCUUACUCUUCUGCAGUAUAUAUAAAUAUAUAUGUUAUCUACAGAUGAUGAAAUCUACAUUUUAGGCUAUUGCCUUCCUUAUAAAUACAAUAUACAAAAGAUUCAA